AUGAAAUGGAAGAAACAAACAUUGGUCUCCGGAGAUACGUCGGAGGAAGAGAUCGGUCACAGCUAUCUGGGAACAUUGAUGUAUGGCCGCUAUCAACGCGAUCUAAGCGAAGCGGCAAGAGAAGAAGCGAGAAGACUCAGAAGAUUGCGGAAACGACGGCGGAAAGAUGACAAGCUCCGCCAGAAAGAACUGGAGUCGACGGGAAAGCACAGGCCUAGGGGGAAAUUCUUUAAAGUAUUCGGGUACGUCUGGAGGCACACGUUCGCGCGGCUCGGCGAGGACUGGAUUUUCCUCGCGCUACUCGGCAUUAUCAUGGCGGUACUGAAUUUUGCUAUGGAUAAAGGAAUCGCUAUUUGCAAUAAUGCUCGUAUGUGGAUGUACAAAGACUUGGCGACGUCGACGUUCAGCCAGUACGUGGCGUGGGUGUCGCUGCCGGUGUGCCUCAUACUGUUUGCCGCCGGCUUCGUCCAUAUUGUAGCUGCUCAGAGUAUAGGUUCUGGUAUACCGGAGAUGAAGACAAUACUUCGUGGUGUGCAUUUGAAAGAAUAUCUAACAUUUAGAGCUAUGAUAUCUAAAGUCAUCGGUCUCACUGCGACACUCGGGUCUGGUCUGCCGCUGGGUAAAGAGGGUCCGUCGGUGCACAUCGCGUCGAUGGUGGCGGCGCUGCUGUCCAAGCUGGUGACCACGUUCCAGGGCAUCUACAGCAACGAGUCGCGCACCACGGAGAUGCUGGCUGCCGCCUGCGCCGUCGGCGUCGCCUCCUGCUUCGCCGCGCCCGUCGGUGGUGUUUUAUUUUCCAUUGAAGUAACGACCACGUACUUCGCCGUGAGGAACUACUGGAGAGGGUUCUUUGCGGCGUGCUGCAGUGCUAUCAUGUUCCGGCUGCUGUCGGUGUGGUCGGGCGCGCUGCCCACCGUGAAACCGCUCUUCCCCACCAACCUGCCGCAGGACUUCCCCUUCGACCCUCAAGAGUUUGCCGUGUUCGUAUUACUUGGCAUCGUGUGCGGUCUGAUGGCCGCCCUGUGGGUGUUCUUGCACAGACAGUAUGUACUGUUUAUGAGGAACACCAAAGUUUUAAGCAAUUUCUUACAAAAGAACCGCUUCAUCUACCCAGGGUUCAUGACGUUGGCGGUGAUGUCCAUCCUGUUCCCGCCCGGCCUCGGCAAGUACAUGGCGGCGGACCUCGGCAACCAGGAACAGGUGCUGUCGCUGUUCGCCAACUUCACGUGGUCGGACGCGCUGAGCGCGGAGCAGGCGGCCGUGGUGGCGCACUGGCGCACGCCCGAAGUCGGACACGUCGGCUGCCUCGUCAUAUACUUCUGGUCCAUCUUCUUCCUGGCGCUGGUGUCGUGCACGCUGCCGGUGCCGGCGGGCAUCUUCGUGCCGGCUUUCAAGAUGGGCGCGUCGCUGGGCAGGCUCACCGGCGAGCUCAUGCACUACUUCUGCCCGCUCGGCGUCGCCUACGGGGGGCAUAUACAGAAGAUAUUGCCCGGAGGCUACGCGACGGUGGGCGCGGCCGCCUUCACGGGCGCGGUCACACACACGGUGUCCACUAUUGUCAUUUGCAUCGAGAUGACGGGACAGGUGACGCACCUGCUGCCGAUCAUGGCGGCGGUGCUGGCGGCCAACGCCACGGCGGCGCUGCUGCAGCCCUCGUGCUUCGACAGCAUCAUCCUCAUCAAGAAGCUGCCCUACCUGCCCGACCUGCUCUCCUCCGCCAGCCGUAUGUACGACAUCUGCGUCGAGGACUUCAUGGUGUGCGACGUCAAGUACAUCUGGAACAAGAUGACCUUCCAGCAGUUAAAAGACAUAUUGAAAGAAAAUAAGACAAUCAAGAGUUUCCCACUUGUGGACAGUCCAGCCUCCAUGGUACUAUUAGGUUCAAUCCAUCGUUGGGAACUAGUAAAAGUUAUAGAACAACAAGUAGGCAGGUCCAGACGACUUCAGGUAGCUGCUUUAUGGCAGAGAGAAGCGGAAUUGAGGAGACGUGAUGAAGAGAAGAAGAAAGUACGAAGACCUUCAAGGUUUGAAGUAACACCGGCACCAGAUAUGCUCCAAGUCCCAGGGACAGGCAUGACUAGAGGUUCCUCGUUGACUACGCAAGACCAGGGUGGUCUUAUACCAGCUCCAGGCCAACUGUUCCGGCCCAAGUCGAUCCUGAAGAAGACGAACUCGUUCACGCUAAGCCGCGGGCUGUCGCCGGGCUCCGGCGCCGCGUCGCCCGCGCCGCCGCCCGUCUACACCACCGUCACCGGCGCCGAGACCAGAAUCCGAGCGGCCUUCGAGGCGAUCUUCAAGAGGUCCACCCUCCUGCCUGACGUGGAGAGCGGCCUCAACGACCAGCUCGGCCUGCCGCGAAGUCCCUCCAUAAACAAGAAAGUGCAAUUGCCGCGGGAGCGCGUGUGCGACAUGUCGCCGGAGGACCAGCAGGCGUGGGAGCUGCUGGAGAUGGCCAAGGAGAUCGACUUCGACAGGAUGCUGCAGAUAGCGCGCAAGCGGGACAUGCAAAAUGACGACUCUGAAUAUGAAGACGAGGCGCUGUACAUCUGCCACAUCGACCCUGCGCCCUUCCAGCUCGUGGAGAGGACGUCUUUACUUAAGGUGCACUCGCUGUUCUCGACGCUGGGCGUGAGCCGCGCGUACGUCACCGCCAUCGGGAGGCUCAUCGGCGUCGUGUCGCUGAAGGAACUCCGCAAAGCAAUAGAAGACGUGAACUCCGGCGCCCUAACGCCCCUCAACCGCCCUACGGCGCUGUCGCCGCCCUCCCCGCCCGCCCCCGCGCUCCUCAAGGCGGCCCGCAGCGAGCCCGCGCCGCCCUCCGACCGCGACACCGACAAGCUGACUACGCAC